AUGGCAGCUCUGAUCGUUCUCACACUCUGUCUGCUGACAGCACCGCUGUUGAGAGCACAAGAGGUGAAGCUACAGUCGCUUUUGGGAACACUUGACAACAAUGUGGAAUUUCAGACAGCCUACAGAGCUCCGUGGCAGACGAUGCCUCAGCUUCCUCCCAUGCCGGCACCCAAGUUCAACGGCACUGCUAGUGUCAACGGAAUUGACCUGUGGUACGCCAUAUAUGGCGCCGACCUGGUCGAGAGUCAAGCCCAAGGUCAUGCCCCGGUGGUAUUCCUUCAUGGCGGAUUUGCAAACAGUGACUAUUUCUCAUAUCAGGUCGACUACCUAAAAGACGGCCCUCAUACGUUGAUCACCAUUGACUCGAGAGCUCAAGGCCGUUCGACAGACGACACAAGCCAGCCAAUUACUUUCGACAUCAUAACCCAGGACGUCGUUGCCUUGAUGGACUUGUUGCAAGUGGAGCGGUUCUCUACUGUAGGCUGGUCUGACGGCGCCUGUACCUCGUUUGGUCUUGCAAUGAACUACAGUCAACGCAUUGAUCGCGUCUUUGCCUUCGGAGCCACCUACAAUCCCGAAAACAUCAAUGCCACUGUCAUGGAAACACAUACCUUUCAGACAUAUAUGGAAUGGGUACAAAAGGAAUACAAAAUAUACUCUCCAAGCUCGGCGUCCUUCGAGGAUUUCGAGAAGCGAUUGCUGGCUAUGUGGUCGUCUGAACCCCACUGGAGCGCGGAAUCCUUCCAGAAAAUCCCAUCUCGGUUCGACAAUCCCAAUGCUCCAAUCAUAUGGAUCGUUGCUGGGGACUCUGAGGAAGCCGUCACGAGAACGACGCCUGGAAUCUUGCAUGACUGGAUCUGGGGCUCUUCCUUGGUCGUGUUGCCUUCAGUGGGCCACUUUGCGUGA